AUGGUUGGACUAUGCUUACGUCACUUUGGCUAUGACGCUACAAAGGCCAUAGAUGCAUUGCUUGCACGUGAUGAAUCAUUACCACUAGCACUACGUCGAGUGGAAGCGGCGGAUUUGACAACAAGUUCGAAUGCACCUCCAACAUUACCCGCAUUUUCAUUCCAAAAUGAUGAGCUGGUUUUGUCGGCCUUACCGCGCGAGUCUUCCGCAAAGCCCGUGUCAGUCAGUCAAAGUUCGAAAGAACCAGAGGGAAAGAAUGUGUUUAAAGGCCUCAUAAGUCUAGCUCCCAUCAUUCCUGCCCCAUCGAGUGCCAAUAACAAAACCGAACCCAAGGAAAAACCCAUUAGUGAGGGCCUCAUAAGUCUAGCUCCCAUUAUUCCUGCCCCAUCAAGUGCCGACAACAAAACCGAACCCAAGGAAAAACCCGUUAGUGAGGUAAUGAAGAAACUCCGAGAAGCCUUAGAAAGUCUCAGAUUGCGUGCCUCUGGUGUAGAAGAUGUGUUUGAGCCCCAAUUCGGUGUCAAUGGCGAACGACUAGUUCCUAUGCCCAAUGCAAAGAAGUAUGCUGGCAUCAAGAAGUUCAAAGUAUCGGAAGCAGACAAAGUGGCGAUUCGACCCUCUUAUGAGAAAUAUCGCUAUGAAACCGCUGCUGAUGAUGUCUAUGAUGAUGAAUAUGAUGAUGGAUAUGAGCAGAGAGAGUUCAAAGUGGAACCAUUGAAUGCGCAAUCGUCAUCAGAAGAGAGUGGCACUGAGGAAUCAGAAGGAAGCGAAAACACAUCUACUGUUGCAACACAACAGGGAAGACCGGUGCGAGGAGGACGUGGAGGCGGUAGUACUACCUACAAAAGGGGAUCCAUGGAUCCUUACUGA